CUAUAAAUGGCGCUCCUCUUCCAAGCUUUCCCCCACGUUCUCCAAAGUAACUAUUUAAAGAUCUGCAGCCGCAAAUGGUUUUACUAAAUGUAGGAUGGGACUUAAGUUGAACGGCAGUUAUAUUUCUCUGAUCCUUGCUGUACAGAUAGCGUACCUGGUGCAGGCGGUGAGAGCGGCGGGGCGGUGCGAUGCGGUCUUUAGGGGCUUCUCGGAUUGUUUGCUGCGGCUGGGCGAUAACAUGGCCAACUACCCGCAGGACCUGGACGACAAGAGAAAUCUGCAAACGAUCUGCGCGUACUGGGAUGAUUUCCACGCCUGCACCCUCACAGCGCUCACCGAUUGCCAGGAAGGAGCGACAGACCUCUGGGAGAAAUUGAGACGGGAAUCCAAAAACCUCGAUUUCCAAGGCAGCUUAUUUGAACUGUGCGGAGGCGGCAGCGGCGCGGCGCCGUCCCUGCUGCCGCCGGCCUUGCCCCUGCUGCUGGCGGCUCUGUGGGCCGCCCUAGUGACCUGGCUGCCUUUCUAGGGGGGCGAGGAGCACACUCACACCCACACCCUCUCCAUGUGCUGGAUCUAUAGAGGAAGUGUCCAUCCGUUGCUUUGGGGACGUUGUGCUUUUCUGUGGUUGAUGAUGAUGAUGAUGGUGGUGGUGGUGGCUGAUGAUGGUGAAACACCCA